AGACAGAAUGAGAAAAAAUCACAUUGUAGGAUUUUUUAUGAAUUUAUUGUUAAAUUAUGGUGGUCAAACCACCCGGUUAAUAAUUAGAGAGUAAUUCUCAGGUCACAUACUUUGUAAGGAUUAUUAUCACAUUCCUUUUGGGGAUUAUUGCUGUUGAUUUUUUGUUGCACAUAAGGAGUGGUUUAGAGACGGGAGGAGGCUUAGACCAGAAUUUGCCUCCAAAUCACUAGUCUCUAAUGGGGGAAUGUUUAAAAUACAGUCUUACUGUAUUCUGUAAAGCCAUUAUAACCGUUAAUUUAUCUGGUGUGAUGUAUGUUUUUCUUUAGCAAUAAAUGUCAUUCAUGUAGCCUAGUGAUUAGAGCCUGUGACCAACUGAAAAGUUGCAAGAUUGAUUUAUUGAGCUGGACUGGCGGAUUUGUUGUGUAUAAAACGGUUAUACCAUUGAUUUAAUAAAAUUACUUUUUAUCCAACGUCACUAACGACGAGACCAUAUUCUUCCGGGUUAUUUUGUCUUUAGUGCCAUGUGUUUAGCGGUACGGAUAUAAUCUGAAUUCAUUAUAGAUCUCUAGCUAGCUAUGUUUACAUCAAAAUGAGUUCUCAAAAAGGCAACGCAUCUCGCUCGAGAAAACAAAAGCACCAAAAUACGAUUGCAUACAAGAAUGACAAAUAUGGAGCGAGUGUUCAAGUAAAGAUAGCAAACUCGAAGGUCCACGAUGGGUUGUGCAAACGCUGCAAGGAUGUUAUUGAGUGGAAAGUUAAGUACAACAAAUACAAAUCCUUAACCCAACCUCGAACUUGUGUGAAAUGUUCUCAGAAGACUGUAAAGGAUGCAUAUCACGUCAUUUGUAAACCCUGCGCCCUGAUGCUGGAGCUUUGUGCCAAGUGUGGGAAGAAAGAGGACAUCGUAAUUCCGGUUAACUCUCCGACGCAGGUAGACGAGAAGGAAGAAGACUCCGAUCAGAAGAAGACAAGACACAGUCGGAGGAAGAAGGACCUGGAUGGGUUUGACAGUGAUGAUGAAUUUGGUGACUUGGGCAGUGACGAUGAUUUUGCUAGUAGCUCGGGUCCUGAGCAGGGGGGAAGCAAGGCCCCAGGCCAUGACGAGGCACAUGUUAGUUUCAAAGACUGAAGACGGCUUAUCCAGGAACACUCAAAAUGUACGUGUCAUGCAUUCAUUUUGUGUUAUUAAUCUACUACUAAUCUACUCCACUGUAGAUUUAUUCAUACAAUAGGCCUGUUUGUUUUUUUGCGUUGGGUCAUUAAAUGAAAAAAAACAAAACAAUUACAA